AUCUGAGUGAUUUCUGGUUCUGAAACAGCGAAAGAGCUCCGAGUUCAACGGAGUCAAGUGGGACUCGUGCAGGAACCCUGCAAGGUCUGAGGCGCUUUGGGCACGCGCCACAGUGAGCGGUCACUCAGACCCCCCUGCAGACGCAACUCACCAAAUGAAACUUUGGUUUGAGCCUCUCUUUCUAGCAAAGACGCGCACAGAGAACAGCUCCAGUAGCUCCGCUCAGCCAGUUGCAGCGAUGCAGAUUAAAAAUGGAGCCGUGGCGGAUUGGAUUACACCUAAUAGGACGUUUUAUUUCGCCUAACGUGUCACUUUCUGGGCGCCGUGCCCUUGUUUUCAUGAGGUGCGUCCGAAUUACAAUUAGCCCACAUUUCACACAUUCCUUCUGACGCCUCCUCGCUGUUCUGUACUGACCCAGUCGUUAGGCCUGACCGUGCGCGGCGAUAUGUGCCAAAUCUCCAAAUUACGCACAACGCGUCGGUGCCAAAUAACACAAAAAACUCAAGUGUGCGCAAACACUGCGUGUCCGAGCUCUUGUAUCAGGAUUCAUGCACGGAAGGAAAUCAUUUUUAUGCUUCUUUGUUUUUGUGUUUUAAUUUUCCGCUGAUAAAAAAAAACCGAAACCGGACCUGAGAGCUCCGAGGCCGGAGCUCAGCGCGAGAGGGGAGGGAAUCCCUCCAGAAUCUGACGCUACCUCUUUACCAAGGAAACCCACACGCGCGCUCUGACGCAACUGCCCAUUUUAGGAAACAUGCGUCAAUGGACCGAAGAAAGUCAGACAAAAAUGGCGAGCUUUAGCGCGCGCACAUAUGUCCCAGCUUUAAACAGCAAAACAAAUGCAGACGCGUUUACUUUGCUUUCAAUGCGAAUCUGGAUUCGUGUUGAGUCUCCGCUGUCCGCCGGGAGUGGAGCCGGUCGCGGCGGAUCUCUGCGCUCGCAGCAGCAGCGACCCCUCCCCGGCUGGAAGUAGCAACGCCCAGGCGUGACGUCGGCGUUUCGUUGUCGUUGAAAAGCUGUCGCGCUUCUUCAUAGUGCCAUUGAAGUGAGUCAUCUCUAGGAAGUGGGGUGAAAAGGGAAAGAAAAAAAGUUCGAAGUGUUCCGUGAGCAGCAGAGGUCUCGGAGUUCGAGAAGACGGGAAAGCGGCGGAAAAUAUUCAAACGAUUCAAAACAGACUCGAGUUUUUAAAGCCAGCGAUCACCUGCGUGAGUCACUCUGACUUCUGGAUCCGAAGGUGCGCUGCUGACCCUAACUUCAAGUUUGCGCACCAGAGACGAUCUUUACUAGUGCCGUCUGGGAUCAGAACCAUAAAAGCACAACGUCUUUACGCACAGGGCUGCUACAAAACACAACUCGUAACGUACAUCAUCAUGUUUUAGGGCAGAAUUGCACUUUUCCACCAAUCUUUCUUAUUUCUUCUUGGAUAUUUUAAUUAAAAACGUCUGAAAUCAAAGGAUUUUUCUCGUUGGUGCCUUUUCGUUGCGAGGAAUUUCACGAUUUAAAACAGAAAAGGCUCCAGAGCUCAAGCGGUCUACGGAAACCUUCCUCCGUCCCGGAUCAUGUACCAGGACUACUCCGGAAACUACGACACCUCCUCCCGCGGCAGCAGCACCUCUCCGGCCCAGCCAGAGUCCUUCACAAGCGGCAGCAGCACGAUCGGAAGUCCGAUCUCUACCUCAAACUACCAGAAGUACAGGGUUGACAUGCCCGGCUCCAACAGUGCCUUCAUCCCAACGAUAAAUGCAAUCACAACCAGCCAAGACCUGCAGUGGAUGGUGCAGCCGACCGUCAUCACCUCCAUGUCCAACCCCUACUCCCGCUCGCAUCCGUACAGCCAUCACCUGACCAACGGGCCGGGGCUGCUGGCCCACAACGCCCUGGCUCGGCCCGGGGUCAUCCGCUCCAUCGGCGACGCCAGAGGUCGCCGCAAAAGGGACGAGCAGCUCUCCCCAGAGGAAGAGGAGAAGAGACGAGUGAGGCGUGAGAGGAACAAGUUGGCCGCAGCCAAAUGCCGCAACCGCCGGCGAGAGCUGACAGAAAUGCUGCAAGGGGAGACGGAGAAGCUGGAGGAGGAGAAGGCGGACCUGCAGAAGGAGAUCGAGAGCCUCCAGAAGGAGAAAGACAAGCUGGAGUUCAUGCUGGUGGCCCACAAUCCCGUGUGCAAGCUGCCCAUGGAUGAGCGCCACCAGCCGCAGCAGUGCGCCCCCCUGCCGCUCACCAUGCGCCCCAACAUGAGCUCACGGGCUCAUCUGAGCCAGGUGGUGGUGAAGCAGGAGCCCGAGGACAUGGAGGAGGACAAGGUGGGCAAACCUCAGCGCUCCGUCAUCAAGCCCAUCUGCCUGGGGGGCGGCGGCAUCAGCGGCGGGAUGUACUGCCCGGACGGAGAUAGCCUGAACACGCCGGUGGUGGUGGCGUCCACUCCAGCUGCCACGCCGAACGCCCCCAACCUCAUUUUCACCUACCCCAACAUGAUGGAGCCCGAGAGCCCGUCGCCCUCCUCCGAGUCCUGCUCCAAGGCUCACCGGCGCAGCAGCAGCAGCGGUGACCAGUCGUCCGACUCCCUCAACUCGCCCACGCUGCUGGCGCUUUGAGCUUUUUGGGGCAAACGCCAACACUGUGGCCGAACCCUGCCCCCCACCCCCCCACCCACCCCAGUGUCUUAGAGCACAUGUUAAAGUCCAGACAGUGUGAGCCGAGGGGACGGGGACCCACAAGGGCUAUGCCGCGCUCCCGCUCCUCGAAAAGACAUCAACCACUUCUACUCCAGAGUGUCGACCUGUCCACCGCCGCGUCUGCAGAAAGACGGCGCCGGUGCGACCGAAGCCAGAGAACCUCCUAAUAUAUAAAGAAUAUAUAAUAAUAUAUAUUUUUGAAAGCAUGGAAGCAAAGCCAUGUGGCUCAACGACACUUGCACUCUGCCGAGACCAAUCGGACGGUAAACGACGGAGCGAGGCCGGCGCCGUUCCGGGAUUUCCGAGGAGAGACUUUGGAUGAGGCGGGAGCGCGCUUCUGCUGCGACCUCCAUCAUCUCGUUGUAUUUAUGGCCCGUGCUGGUUGUCCUCUCCUUUUUAAACCUGCCUGUAGAAAAGCAGCGUGCUCGUCUGCCGGGCGCCGCCUCCGCGUCGCUCGCCGUCGAGCCGGUCGGCGACCAGCUCCUCAGUACUUUCUGUUUUUGCCGUAGUGGCUUGAAUUUACGGUAGUCUUGUGUUCUUUUCCCAAGUGAUUCGACGUUUUUGUUUUUUGUUUGGACAAAGUGUACGUGAUUUACAUGGAUGUCAGGGAUUCCCUCUCCUGUGUUCAGUGGAAACUCGUCGUGACGAGUGUUUGCAGGACUGCUGGCUGUUUCAGGUGGUACUUUUUUGAUUGCAUUGCCUCGCUGCGUCGUCUUUUUGCUCAGACAUUUCAUAAAGUUUGGACAAAUCCCUCCUCCUGCUUUGUUCCCUGAGCAAACUCUGUUAUUUUUUUGUAUUUCCCCCUGCCUCUCACAGGCAGAUCAGGUUUCUAAGAGCCACAAACAGCUUUUCUACGCCGGUGUUUCAUCAGUCUUUGUCUAAAACGGAGGGAUUUUGGCCAAACUUGAAAACAGCCACGUUGGUCCAGACUGCCGCCAGCUGCCAAAUGAUGUCAACCCUGUUUCUACGGUGUUUGUAAAUCUGUCACUUUUAGUAAAGAAAUGAUGUUUAACUUCUGCUCAGAUGUGCUGAUCUCUGGGUGCACGAGGUACCGACCGGAUCCUAGCCAGCGCUUUUUAGACGAAGGGACGAAGAAGACUUUUUCUGCAGCUGGCCUGACGUGAAAGAGUGAACACUUUAGGGAACUUAUCGGCUGUUGUUUGUAUUUUUUAAGGGGGUUAAAACGAAGCGCACUGAAACAGACGGAGCAGCCAUACCUGAGAUUCUUUGUUUACUCGAGAGAAAGAGUCCAACUUCAGGGGUUUUUAACGGAAGCCGCCAUCUUUGAUUGAACCUUUUUUAAACGUUUCACGUUGCGUCGGAUGCAGAAACCACAUUGUGCAAGCUGCUGAUACUUGUUUAAAAGGAACAGGUGGGCUGUUUUUGAUUUGACGUGACUCCGUGUUUAAUAUUGUGACACGUCGAGGGGAGCCGUUAUUCCAGCGUUGAGAGAUGGGAGGAAAACCAAAACCAUCUGUUUGUCGGAGCGUUUUAACGCCCCUGGACGCUCGUAGAAAAGCCGUCGACGGUAGAUCAUCUACCGUACGUGUCAUCAGCCGUCUGUCGCCCGUUCAGCUACUGUUUCUUCUUUUUCCCAAAUGCUUUACCUGUUUAAAAUGAUUCAAAACGAAUAAAAACAGCAAUAUGUAUAGCAGUGUUUGUUAAUUUAAAAACAGUAAUAAUAAAAUAAUUUUCAAGUUGGA